AAUAACAGCCGAUAACGGGGUCUGAACGGGGCUUUUAUAAAUGGACCGCGUCUGACGUGAGCACCCGACGGACCCGCGGCUGCUGUUUUAAAAGAUGCGCGUGUAUUUCACCGGUUUAUUUUCUUACAUUUCCAGUUUUGUCAGACUGCUUCCUGCGUGCCCCAUCAAAACGAGGGGGUUGAAGAAAUGCAGCUAAUAACUCAGCUAGCAUGCUAAUCUGCCCUAUAUUUUAAUAUUCAACUACAUCGCUUUAGACUCCGCUGAACUAACUCUUGCUUCAUUACAUCUACUCUCAGAAAUGCUUCUGAGUUACGGUGCUGUGUUUUGUGUUGUAUAUAUUUUUAUUUCGAUAGCUCACACUUGGAAUACUGCUAUAAAGUUUUAAUAGCCAUUUACCUAAGCCCUGCCUUAGGUGUAAUGAGAAGUAUUAUUGUUUUAUAGACUUAAUUAGCUAGUUUGUCGGCUGCACCGGGUUGUUUGUUAACUUGUGUCAGUCUUUGUUGUUAGGACAUAAGCUAGCUCGUUAGCAGGGUUGGUAGUUGUGUUCAGGGCAGUGUGUCCAGGCCUCGCGGCUGUACUGUACUGACAGGAGAGAUGACAACAAAAGAUUAGCUUGCUCCCUUGCUAGCUCGCUAACCUCCGACGUUUAUUGCUGUCACGGCGGCUAACUCUUUAUUUGAUAAUAUAUCAGCGGCUGAGCCUCAGAGUUGGUAUGCAUUUAGCAAUUAUAUUUUAUUUGCCAAAUUUCCUGUUUGGCAGAACAUCCUGUCUUGCUGUUUCACCACCAGCCUAAAAGGGUUUAUCAGCAGUUAGCUUACAAUAGGGUAUUAUUUGUGUUUAGGUAAUACUGUUACUUAUAUUGCAUGUGUAGCAGCUUGCUUAUAAGUUUUACAAUAGAGAAAGGGGAACUUUUCAUAAGCAAUGGUAAAGCUGCCUAUAAACACCUGCAAACAAACUUUCAGAAGGUUUCAUCAUUGUUCCUUAAAUUCACACAGUACAGUAAAUCCAAGUGUUUGCUGAUAUUCAAAGUGCAUUGUCUUAGUGUGCAACCCCGAAAGUCCUGUGAAGGGGUUCUCAGUGACACCCUGCAAUGUCAGAGACUCUGAUAACGGGCCACACAUCGGAGGAUCUGUUGGCUGACUUUGAGACACUGCUGAACUCUGGGAGUAUUAACCUGGGUGAGGACCACCAGAUAGUGAUCAUCACCAGCCCCAGCAAUGAGGGACUCCACCCGGGCGCUGCCCCCACCAGCACAGGGGAAAUCCUGCUGUUUGCCACGCCGCAGGGCCCUGUUGAUGUUGGGAUCCAGGACAAGAGACGACCAGCUCUGGGAAGACCUCCGGUAAAGAGGAAGUUGGACCUGGAUAGUGACCAUCAGUAUGUCAGCACCACACGACCAUCCAUAGGCCAAGCACCACCCUCCACACCUGCCCCUCCCAGAGUUCCUCGAACCACGACGGAGAAGUCGCGCUACGACACUUCGUUGAACCUGACCACCAAGCGCUUCCUGAACCUGUUGUCCCAGUCGGCUGACGGCGUGGUGGAUCUGAACUGGGCCUCGCAGGUCCUGGACGUCCAGAAGAGACGCAUCUACGACAUAACCAACGUCCUGGAGGGAAUCCAGCUCAUCUCCAAGAAGUCCAAGAACAACAUCCAGUGGCUUGGUAAUCGAGUUGAUGCGGCAUUGGUUUCCCGCCAUAAGGAGUUGCAGAGGGAGGUGUGCGACCUCACAGAAGCUGAGGAGCAGCUGGACGAGCUCAUUUCCAAAUGCAACCUACAGCUCCGACUGCUCACAGAGGAACCACAUAACAAGAAAUUGGGCUAUGUGCGCUGCCAGGACUUAAAGAAGUCAUUUGAUUCCCCGGACCAGCUGGUCAUGGUGAUCAGAGCUCCACCAGAGACCCAGAUGCAAGUUUCAGAACCCAGCAAGGGUUACCAGGUGUCGCUGAAGAGCACGCGGGGUCCAAUCGACGUCUUCCUCUGUCCAGAAGACAGCUCUGGCGUCUGCAGCCCUGUGACAGGAAGUAGUCCCUCCAAACCCAAUGCCGACCCAUCACUGGUCCCGCCUCUCUCACAACCCACGGACCAAUCACAAGCCAGAACAUCCACAAUCGCCCUGGAAGUGGGUUUAUCAUCUCCAGCGUCUACGUCAUCCACAGUAACGGCAGCCUCCCAGCAGGACCCCUCAUCACUGGUGUUAGGUGGUGACUCAGAAUCGCUCCUGGGUGGCGACCCGUUCUCCAGCCUCGGAGACAUGCCCGACUUUGACCUCUCACCCCUCUCCUCCUCGGACUUCCUGAAUGGAGAUGGCCUGCCUCUCCCAUUGGACGGUUUCAUCAAUCUGUCCCCCCCCCACAGUCACGACUACCACUUUGGAUUGGAGGACAACGAAGGCAUCAGUGAACUGUUUGAUUGUGACUUUGGUGACUUGUCGCAGGUUUUGGGGGACAGUUAGAUGAAGAAGACGACGAAGAGAGGAGGAGCAUUUGGGCUUCUAGAUUUCGGACUGUUCCUCUGUUCCUUGAGGCUUCUACACGAGGGCUGCCAACCGACAUUUUAUUGGCAAAUCUUUGUCAAAAACCCAAACUCAAUGUUUUAAUUGUGCGGGGAAAUAUUUUUUGUAGUAAUUGCCUGUGCUCCCCAAAAUACCCCAACUACAAAAUCUCAGUCCCCAAAAUUGUACAGCACAUUACUUGUUUUUGGCCAUUUAAAUUUUAGACCAAGAAUUUGGCUUUAGUAUAGCUAUUUAAAUUAUUUAUGCGAAUGUUAUUUUGAUUUUCUUUUGUUAUUGAUAAUGUUUAAUCCAAGUGGAUUGUGCAGGUGUUUGUGUGUGGAGUAUAGACUCAUAGGGCUGGUUUCCUUAACACUGAUGAGCUUACAUGCUAAGUAAUAAUAAUAAUACUAUUAUCACCUUAAUAAUAAUAAUAAUACUUAAUAUUCAUAAGGCUGUAUAAUAAGCAGCAUCAUGAGAGGUGCAUGUUCAGUGCUGGGCUGUCCAAAAGCGUCUCGGAGCUUUGAUGCAGUUUCACAUUCUCAAUAUUUGUUUCCACAAUGAUAGAGAUCAUUAUAAGCACACUAAAGGCUUCUUUAGUAAUAAUUAGUUUGAUCUACAACACUGGAAUCCUGACAGACUGGCUUCUCUAAUGUAAUGUCUGACCGAGACACUCGAGGUAUCAUUGCUCCAAUUUAAAGGAAUUCUUGACCCCCAAAAA